CAGGUUAGAAGGCAGCAAAUAGACGUAUCCAGACAUCGUCGAUCUUUUGUUAUUCUGUCCCACCUCCCUACCUUACCUUACCUAGAUCUUUCGUACGACCCCCCGCUAUCGCUACUUGUCUUGUUACUUGCCUUACACCCCUUACGCUCCUUACCUUACCUGACCUAUCUAUAUAUCUCACAACACCAUGCAACCCCCUCUCCUCUCUUCAUGAACCGUGGUACCGGCUUCCCGUUCGUCCAAUUACUCGCCUCCUCACUUCCCUACGAGGCCUACAGCACUUAUCCCAGCAGCCUGUCUGUGACAUCUUCAACAUGCCUUUCCAGUUGCUGGAAGUUGUCCCGGCUGCCGAUUUCAACGAGCUCGUAGAGUGCGAGUGGCUUUCCUACGAGAAUCCCAGCCAGACCUUCUUCAAGCUCUUCUGCCCCAUCCACGGUACAGGUCCGACAGCUCGCGAGGCAUCGCUCAAGGAUGCAACGCGUCGUCAGCUGGAAUGGCACCAGGCCGAUCCCACUAGCUACUGGCAGAAGGUGGUCAACGAAGAGGGGAAAAUUGUAGCAGGCGCCUUGUGGAAGAUUUGUCCAACCAACCCGUUCGAGCACCCUGAUGGGCAUUCAGAGGUUGACUGGUUCCCCAAGGGAGGCCAACGAGCCUUUGUCACCAAAGCGCUGGAGCUCUUCGAGACUCCGAGAAUGAAGAUGGCACAGAGGCCGCAAGUUUAUCUGAAUAUCAUCUUCACCCAUCCAGACUACCGACGUCAAGGUGCUGGUGAUCUCAUAUUGGAGUGGGGCAUCCGGAAAGCAGAGGAAAUGGGUGUAGAAAUGUGGCUCGACGCUACAGUUUACGGGGUUCCACUCUACAGAAAGCAUGGUUUUGUUGUUGUGAAUGAGAACAACAUUCGUCCCACGACAGACAACCCGGAUCAGGAGUGGGAAAAGAUUGCAAAAGAGCUGCUGCCUAUGACAAUGUGGCAGAUGUGGAGGCCCGUAGGUGGGAAGUACGAGGAAGGAAAGACUGUUCGACCGUGGGAGCGAAACGAAUAGGGGUAUUGAUCGGUCGUGUCUGAGGUCACACCCUUCUUACAUGCAUAUCAUCUUGUCGAGCCAAUCGAGUCACCAGUAGAGGAACUCCGUAGGACAACAAUCCGUUGCAAGCCUGUGCUAUCCAAUAUUGUAAC